AUGGCAGCAGCCUUUCUGGCGACAGACGAGGUGCCCGAGCUGCUCGAAGGUCUGCCUCUCUGGAUCCUCGAGAACCAGCAGAUUGGUUGGUCUGGUGCCUGGGAAGAGACCCCUACGUCGGAAACCCGGAGCUGGGCCGACAGCCUGAUCGAGGAGCGGGCACCACCUUACGAGGUCCUGCAGCUUGGGCAGCAAAAGUGCCGGAAGAUCACUGCGACGAAGUUGAAAGACGUUCACUUUACCUCGGCAGAUCUGAAGGUCCUGGUCUACCCCGACGGCGAGGAAAUAUCCUGCCUCUAUGGCCCGAAGGUGGAUUCGACCACCGACUGCGAUGGCUGGAUCUACGCAACCAAGCCAAACAGGCUAGACUCCCAACGCCUGGGUGGCCGUGCCACACCUCGCUUCGGGGAUCGGGUGCGGCGCCGGCGCUGGCGCCGAGGUGAACCACUUCGUUCCGAAAGUGCCGCCCGCAUCUUCUGGUGCGACAACAGCUCGAGUGCCAUGCAGAGCCUUUGGAAUGCCGUCGGUGACCUUGCUGGUAGACGCAGCAUGUCGCAAGUGCCUAUCGAUCCUACCGCAGUCAUCCGACGUUCGCACAGCGACGUGGAGAAGUACCAGAAUCUCUGCCAGAGGCUAUCGCCAUGGGAUGAUUUGCCAACACUGACAGACAUGGUGCUGGCGGCAGUGUACAGCCGGGCUGCAUACGCCUACACCGGACGGCGCGGUUUGUUCGAUUCCGUGACACAAGGAGCCAUGGUUUUCUCGCUCCACCGUGCGGCCUUCGACUAUGCAGAGCAUGUCGACGACGCAUCCAACGAGGCAGCCUUCCUCGACAUGAUGUGCCUGGCACCGGAAGACCUGCUGUGCGCACAAUGGCGCAGCUUGGGGCCAGCCUUCGCAGUCGCACGGGAUCAUACCCUUAAGUGGAUCGUGGUCGCGGUCCGCGGGACUUUGUCGCUGAAGGACAUCCUCACGGACUGCGCCGUAAACUCGGUGCCUUUUCUGGAAGGCACAGCUCACGAAGGCUUCGUGAAGACCUCGCAGAAGCUGCUCGAGGAGAUCGAGGAGCUGCUGCGGAAGGAGAUGCAAGCCCACCAGGGCUACAGGCUCGUGUUUUGUGGGCACAGCAUGGGUGGAGCCGUCUCGGCCAUGUGCGUGGCCAUGCUGCGGGAUAAGGCAGCCAAAGAUGUGGCGCGCUAUGGAAAUUGGGCAUCACAGUGCUGUGCUUACGGCAUUGGCACCCCUGCGGUGCUGUCUCGAAACAUUUGCGAACGUCUCGCCCAAAGCCGCGCGGCUUUCGUGGCUGUGAAUGCGCAGGAUUGGUCUCCACGUGCGUCCGUGUCGAGCGUUUCCGAGCUCCUUGACGACUUGGUGGAGCUCAGCCUCGCGCGCACAAUGAUGCGCAUGGCCACAGGUGCUGGGCAAGAGCCGCGGCGCCCCGAGCCUGAGCAGCUCGAGCAGCUUCCACCUGGCGUGAUGCUGCAAAUCGUGCCGGGCCAGGACCAGUCCUUGUUGAAAGCAUCUGCCGCGGACUAUCGGCACUCGAUGCCUGCUUGGCCCGACGUCGCUGCUCAUAUCCCUUUGGCCUACGUGGAAGGUUUGGCCGCCGGCCUCGCGCGAUGUCUUCGCAGCGAGGGCAGCGCGAAAUGGCCAAAGAUGGAUGCGGCGGAUGCGCAGGAAGUGCAGAAUGGCCAGGUCGCCCAGGACGGCCAGGCGGUGGCAGGGAAGGCUGAGGUGGACCUGGAGAUGUCGCAAAGCGAUGUCACAGAGGAUCUGGAGAAGCCUUCGGAGGAGCAGCCACCAGUCCGGCUCAUGCUGCUCGUCAUGCUCAGCAUGUUUCAGGGCUAUGCUUCAAUGGUGGGCCCUCUCCAAUCGGCCUACAAGCACCGGCUGGGCAUCAGCACGGACGGCACUUCAGCCGCACAUGCCUUCACACAAGCGGCCGUUGCAGUCCACUAUGGAAAACUGAUUGCUCGCUUGGGGCACAACGUCGUCUUCGCGCGCCUCAGCCCCUGGACCCGAGUUGUCAUCGCGAUGUGCUUCAUGUUUGUGGGGAUUACAAUCCCGACCUUGCUGGUUUUCACGCUGGGCUGGAGCUGGGUAGGGUCGGUUUUCAUCGCCUACAUGCUUUCGGGCCUGGGUCUGGGGAUUUUCGAAGUCACCUUCCUGAGCGUCAUCACGCCCAUGGGGAGGGCCACGAAGGCCUGGGCCAUUGUGGGAGCUCCUGCAGGCUUCGCAACCAUUAACAUCCUGGGCCUCACAGCUUCCUCCUUCGGUUUGGAGAUGGUGUACAUCUAUUGGUACAUCCUCUUUUGCCUUCCCCUCGGGCUCUUCUUGUUCACGCGCUUGGCCCCCAGAGGCAACACGGAGCUGAAGACGGCGAACUUCGCGGCCUCGCUGCUCCAAGCCCGGCACUGGAUGCCGGGAAUGGUGCCCUUCUUUGUGGCACAGUUCUUGAGUCACUUCGCAAUGGAGAACUGGCCGGCCAUCUUCUACAUGUUCCAUCCUCCCUAUGUGCCCCUCUUCAACCCCAAGAGUGACCAACACCUCAUGAAGUGGGGCCAGUUCUUUGCUGUUACCUAUUUCUUCAUCUUCCUCGGGGACUCCAUCAGCCGCCGCAUUGCGAUCUACCUUUCCACGCCCAGCCUGUACCGACGUUUGGUCUUUCUCGGCCUGGCCAUGGCGUGCAUUGCUCUCGGACUGUAUCUGGAAUCGCUUGCGAUUGCCAUCAUCAUCCCGAUUGCUAUCUUCCUGGUCUUCUGGGGGAAUGGCACGAUCUACGGCUUGACGGCCCACCAUGUUGACAAGCACGUGCCGAGCGAACACAAUCUGGCAUCCUACUCUUUCUGGUGCUUUGUCGGAGAUCUCGGUGCAGUUCUUGGGGGUAUUUUGGUGGACAGCACUCACGACCUCUUCUGCAGGGGCCACCUUCCCACCCUUGCCGCGCUGCGUCGGAUGAUGCAAGGGGAGCGCGAGCCUGCAGCAACUGCUAAGCUUCCAAGCUUCCCCGACAAGGCUCGCGAAGUUCUCUGCGCUGAACUGCGGAUGCUGUGCUCUGAGAGGAGCCGGAGCCCGAGGAAGGUGGGCGAACACGCCGGCGCUAAGGGCAAGACAACAUCGCCGGCCAUCGAGCAGGCCAAGCUCGAGGCCUUGGAAAAGCUCAGAAAGCUCCAGUCCGUCGAGCCCAAAGAAGCGAGAGCGAAGGAGUGGAGAGCGCUGUUGAGAGAUUGGCAUCCGGACAAGAAUCCGGACAACAUCGAGGUGGCCAAGGAGGUGUUUCAGUUCCUCCAGAAGGGCAAGACCAUUAUCAACGUGUAG